AUGGCGCGACACAGCUUCAAGAGCCUCGACUUGUCUCUUGUCGAGUAUGCUCAGCACCUCGAGAAGCGCCGACUCCCGUCGACAGUGGUGGUGAGCUCACCCAUCGAGGCGACCGACCCACAGACUAGUCAGCAAUGGAGGUUCCACAUCUCUUCGAUUCUAAUACUCCAGCGGCUUUCGUCAGAUGCAGGUCACGUCGAGUUCCGGCAGCAGCAGGGGAUGACGGUCUACCGGGCCAGCGCCGCUGAUGUGAUAAGCUCUGCGCAUCCCACGGCCGACGUGCUGGCCCAAAUAUACAGUGGCAACAACCACAUCUGCGCUAUCACCAAGUCGAAGCUGAAUGCGACGAAAGCCGCCUCACCAAAGCCGAACUUGAACGAUGUCGAGCUCCGAGUCCUCGAGGCUCGCGCUGUCCACACGCAAGCCUACCUGAUGGGCGUCGAGGGAGGUAUAGUUUCGCUCAGCGGUGGGGAGAGCUUUGAUGCUGGCAAAGCCAUCAGCAUGGACGAUUUCGUCGUCAUUCGAAAGACUCGACAAGAGGAGCAUGCCAUGGUCAAGAAGGCGGAUCUCGAAAGCUUCUCUUCUCUCUUUCUCGACGAGUCCAACCUGCCAUCUCUUCGGGACGGAGAGCAAGAUUUCGUGACCUCCGAGCCACAAAUUCAAGAGCUUCGUCUCGUCAUUGAGGACGUCUACGCUUGUGGGAGUCGUGGGAGGAAGGUGCCAUUGAAGAAGGGUGACAAGGUGUUGGCUCAUGCGAGAAGCACCGAUGCUACUUGGCUGAGGGACACCAGAGGACGAUCGUGUGUAUUGGCAGCAAGUUUGGCAAGCUCUCACCUGUUGAACUUGAAUGUCGAAGACCAAGCGAUCAACAGAGCCUCGAGACAGACGAACUCCACCCUCGCAAACACCACAGAAAUCCCAUGGACCUCACAUACGGCUCACAAUGAUCAGUCCGCCACGGGAGGUCCGCAGGGUCUGCAAUCAGACCCAACACACCCGACUACGCAACACCCUGUUUCCAGAUUCCCUCGCAGCAGAGUAGGGCUUCCACAGCCUCCUUCCAGUUGGUCCCCGUCUGAGCAUCGACUUUCAAACGGCCAAAGCCCCUUUGGAAACUGGGAAUACGCCUCGUACUUUGACAGAGAGGUCGCUGAACUACUCGACGUGACAAGCGCCGCUCGCACCGUCUUCGCCGCGAGUAUGGGUCGGCAGGGCCUUGGUCUCAUCAAGAUCAGUUGGGUGCCAGGUGAGGUUGAAGGCUCUCAAGGUGCGGGCUUUGGUGUCUGCUCGGGCUACAUUCACGCAUACAUGAUCAACUUUCGGCGAAAGUGGGCGUACGAUAAGCCAGCAGUGCCAUUUGGGGAGCUUCCCGUCUAUACCGGAAGCGAUGAAUUCUGGGUCGAAGCCAAGGGAGCGAAUGCCAGCUACUUGGAUGACUUUAAGACACAAGGAACUCCAAAUGCUCUACCGACAGAGCCAUCACUCUUUGCAGAGGCUCGACAUCGGCAGGGUUUUGCGGCCAGACAGUUGCCCACACCCACUGACAGCCUCAUACCAAAUCCGACGUCGGUUGCCGCCAGACAGUGGCAGGCUGUACUACUUCAGGCGUCUGAUAGAUCUGUUUCGAUCGGGCAGCGGUUGGUGAACGAGCAUCCGAUUGACGGCAAUCAAUCAUACGCCCUGAGGACCUCAUUCCAUCCCCAGCUGACGGAGUGCGGCUAUCAAGUCAAGAUGCCGAACGGCAACUACCUUCUGCAGGAUCUGCCAUCCGUCAAGGAUGAUGUCUUUGCGCCGGGAAAGAAGUCACUCUCGGUGAUACAGGCCGGCUUUCCCAUGCUCAGCGCAGAUGGAGAGGGCACCACUACGAUCGUCAUGGUGCAGACGCACCAGAUUUUCGAAGUUCAACUCAUCGACAUCCCUUACCUGCCGAAGGCCAUCGCGGCAGAUGAAGACUUAUCUGUACUCGAAGCCUUCCAUCGAUUCACGAAGGACUGGCACCAGAUCGGCGGUCGAAUGAAUGAACAAGAACGCAUCUACACUAAUGCGUACAACUCAGAAGCAUGGAAAAUUCGUCACACCUACCGCCUGAUCGACAAGCAGACUCUCCAGAACGAGCAGCUCAACAAAGACGAGAAAGCUCAUUUCCGAGCCAGUGUCGCCACCAGACCGAUCACGCAGGCUCACCGCAACAUGAACACUCUCCGAGGCUGUGCACCGGGCAAGAUCAAUCCAACCUUGGCGGAGAAUGCGGUUGUGCAGGAUCCAGCUGGCAACCAGGUCUCCAACUGGCAUGAACAAUCGGAAAAGAAGAUUCUCAAGAAUCGUUCUGAGUUGGUGAAGACGCAGGCGGAGGCUCAGAACGAGGACUCGCAGGACGACGAGGAGUCGGAGGAUGAAGAUGCUGAAGGCGAAGAUGAAGUCAGGAGCUUGAUGAAUCCCGCAUUUCCCAAGACCGCAGUCGUACCGGACGUCACUGGAAAGAACCUCAUCAACUGGGUGAGGUACCCUGCGUGCGACUGGCACCCGACCGAGAGACUGCGGGGACAGCAGGGAUCGCUGAAGAAGAAGGACUUCGCUAAGAGGAGGUACCUCAUCAAGUGCCAAGCUGAAUUGCCGCAGGGCUCCACCGAGGAGGGAUAUGACUCCGGCGAUGAGAAGAGUGGGAGUGGGGAUGAAGAUGAAGAUGAGGAUAUGGACUAG